AUAAUUGGCAGGAUCACACUUGGAUGAAACCCUCCAUAGGCGUCGUACACUCGCGUGUUGUGUCCCUGCCAAUUUUCCGAUGGCUACAGCAAUGUUAGUUUUCUGGUUGCGUGGAAACUAAAAAGCUGCAUUGAGCAAGCACUCAAUUCAAGGUGCAUUGCGCGCCGUUGGUUUGGCGAUAUGCAACAGAGGACCCCAUUGAAGCGACCGAAUUCCAGUGUGGCGUGGAAUGAAUAAUGAUCUAUUUUGAAGAUUUGAAAGUGGGCGUCUUGAAACUAAAGUGAUUCGGUUGAGUGUCACGCCAUGCGAAGGAGGGGGAGAACGUUAAAGAUGCUUGACAGCUAUUUGGCUCCGCCCCUUGACACUGGCUCCGCCCCUUCGCCCAGGUUGGUCUUCCCUGGAGCAUGCCCAUAUCCCACCAUGCACCUGCUGGCGAGCGGCUGGCUACUGCGCCAUUCGGUGGUCAUGUGUCUGCUGCUGCACUGCGUGGUGCUGAUGACCUGCUUCCACCACGCCGCCACCAGCUGCUCCCAGGGCUGCUACUGCUCUGAGAGCGACGGCCAUGGAAAGACUGUGCGCUGCAGCAACCUGCGUCUCACGGAGAUCCCCCAGGACCUACCCAAUGACACACGGCGCAUCUACCUGGACUUCAACCUGCUCACUGAGGUCCCCAGCAAUGCUUUCCAGGGUCUGCCCCUGCUCAGCGAGCUGGACCUCUCCAACAACGAGCUGGCCAAGCUGGAGCGAGGGGCCUUCAGGAGCCUGGGGCCCUCGCUCACCUUCCUGGACUUGUCUUCCAACAAAUUGGUCAACUUUAACUCUGAGGCCUUUGAGGGGCUGCGGGCACGCGCCAACCUGACCAAUAACCCGUGGCACUGCGACUGCAGCCUGCAGAUGUCCAUGCCCCACAUUGACCUGGAGCCCCUCUCGCUGACGGGCAUCGUGUGCAAGACGUCGGAUCCGCCCGACGUGGGGGCGGAGGGUGUGCCCUUCCUGCUGGCCCAGGACCCGGACCUGUGCUUUGUGAUGAAGAAGACCACGGACGUGGCCAUGCUGGUCACCAUGUUCGGCUGGUUCACCAUGGUCAUCUCCUACCUGGUCUACUACGUCCGGCACAACACGGAGGACACCCGCCGCCACCUGGAGUACCUCAAGUCUCUGCCCACCAAGCCGGGCCCGUCCGAGGCCUCUUCUACUGUCAGCACUAUGGUAUAGCCCAGGACCAGGAGAGCCCAGAUGGGGGCUUAGGCUGGAGGGCUAAGUCUGCCAGAGGAGGUGGUUAUUAUAGGGCCUUAACCUGGCUGCACCCACACUUCAGGCCAUUCAGUGCCAGCCAAGGAGAGUUCUGUCUGGCUUUUAGGUGGGUGCCACAGCGGCACUAGGAUUUGUGUCCAUAUAUGCAGGAAGCCCAUCCAGACCUGGGCACCGUACAUAACCCAGAUUAAUAAUUGAACCAGGAGUGGCCCAUUAUCAAAAUUGUGCCUGUGAAGGGUCCUUUGGCCAUAUAAAACAGCAAACAGAACAAAAGGAUAGCAACACACACUAUGAACAACUCUGUCACUCCGUAUCCUUCCAAUUAUUGUUUUCCAUAUAACAUCCAUAUAGUAUAUGUUACGCCCCUGAAAACAGGGGAGAAAUAAUCACGACAGUGAUACGGUGUUGUAUUCUCAAUUCAACGUUUAGUUCAAUGAGAAAAAGACCACGAUUUUCCCCAGGAAUAUGGGUGGAGACCAGAGCAAUCGAUCUCCGGCUCAUAGAUUAAGAGCAUUUCGUAGAUCACAGAUUAACACUUUUAGGCACUACAAAAUAAAGUAAUCAAUAUAACGUUUACACAUUACUCUCACAAUUCGUACCCUUUGACAGAUUUGAACUUUAACACAAUUAUAUGAAUGUUAUCAAUCUUUAUCAACUGAUACUGAAUGCAUCUUUUUAACCUUAGAUGUUUUAAGAUCCUCACAUACUAUGAACUUACUAAUACUUUUCAAUGUAUAACAGGCUAUGAAUAUUUCCUUUAACCUGUCACACUCUCCCCGACAAAAUAAAUGUUGUCCCAACAUUA